UAAACAAGUUACUCUUUCUCAUGCCUGGAGUUUACUGGAGCGGUAUGAGGUAUCCCUCUAUCGAAAACUCUCUCGUGUAUGGUCAUUGGAGAACACCUUGAUUAUGUCUCUCACAGAGAAUGGUGUUUUAAAAACCAGCGUCUUUCGUUUUGCGGAUGGGCUAAAUAAAAGUUUUUCUGUCUCUAUGGGGUAUGGGGUUCUGGCGUUUGUUUUGUACAACGGAUCAUUCAUCACAAGUAACGAUAAAAAGAAGGAGGAAACUGGAAAGGAGAAGCGGGGAUUUAUCUCCCAGACCGUCUCAUUGUUGCCUUUGAGCGGAUUCGGUCGCAUUGGUUUUGAGGCAUGGUACAAUACUAGCGAGUGGCAAUCGAUUGGCAUUGGAUUUGCAACCGACCUAUCUUUAUCCAUCCUUCCUAUUGGUUACAAGACGCGUAACAGCAGGGGGAGGGCGACGAAUACUAUCUCUUUCCUUUACACGCGGAAACAACAUCGCAUUGAAAUUCCAAUUGCGGCGUUUAUUUCUUCUGAGUUUCGGUGGGUACUAUUAUGGUUGAUGACGCCGUGGGUGUGUUAUCGUGCGGCACGAGUUGCUUGGCACCCAUUCCAGCGCUCGAGGCUAGCAACGAUUUAUCGUCAGCGCCGUUUAGAGCACAGGACGGAAAUGGACUUGGCGCGUGUGCGUGCUAUGCACGAGCAGAAGGCGGUGGAAGUUCUUUCCUUACGAAACCGUUUAGCGGAAGAGAAAAUUGGUGGACUUGUUAUCAUCAAUGCGAAGUAUGGUGUACUGAAUCCUCGCUACCCGGAGUCACUUUGUUCGCCGGUGAAAAACGGAGCGGCGAAUGCGUCACAACGGUUGCCGUGGUGGCGACGGUGGCGAACGAAGCUGACAGCGUCUCUAGCGGGAUCUGCCUCUAAGAGUAAAGAAAUUAUCACCGAAGAAGAUGCCGUUGCAUCAUCUGUUCUGGUGCUAGACGUUACAGUUCCGCUUCAGAACUUUGUUCGGGACUCGCAGCUUGUGUUACCUGAGGGUUCGAAAAGCAAACUUGUGGGAUUCACUGACCCCGAUCCUUUCACAGAGGAGGAAAAAGAACUUAAAAUUGUGUACUGGUUUCAGCGUAGGCGCCACGUUGUGACUUUAACGGAUAGUGAGCCGGUGGAGCUGCCACGGCGAGAACAUUUGAUGGAAUCAUAG